AAGAGCCGCCUUCUGGGCGGCCGGGGCGGUCCCCGACCUGCUUUCCGCGUUCUCCCCUCUCCACUGGCAGUGCUAGCUCGCCGAGGCCGCCUCCGGGAUUGUUGGAGCAGAACUACUGAGAAAAAGCAGGCAUUGUAUCUUCAGUUGUCAUCGAGUUUGCAAUCAGAUUGGAAAAGCUCAACUUGAAGCUUUCUUGCCUGCAGUGAAGCAGAGAGAUAGAUAUUAUUCUCGUAAUAAAAAACAUGGGCUUCAACCUGACUUUCCACCUUUCCUACAAAUUCCGAUUACUGUUGCUGUUGACUUUGUGCCUGACAGUGGUUGGGUGGGCCACCAGUAACUACUUCGUGAGUGCCAUUCAAGAGAUUCCUAAAGCAAAGGAGUUCAUGGCUAAUUUCCAUAAGACCCUCACUUUGGGGAAGGGAAAAACUCUGACUAAUGAAGCAUCCACGAAGAAGGCAGAACUUGACAACUGCCCUUCUGUGUCUCCUUACCUCAGAGGCCAGAGCAAGCUCAUUUUCAAACCAGAUCUCACUUUGGAAGAGGUACAGGCAGAAAAUCCCAAAGUGUCCAGAGGCCGAUAUCGCCCUGAGAAAUGUAAAGCUUUACAGAGGGUCGCCAUCCUCGUUCCCCACCGGAACAGAGAGAAACACCUGAUGUACCUGCUGGAACAUCUGCAUCCCUUCCUGCAGAGGCAGCAGCUGGAUUAUGGCAUCUACGUCAUCCACCAGGCUGGAGGUAAAAAGUUUAAUCGAGCCAAACUCUUGAAUGUGGGCUAUCUAGAAGCUCUCAAGCAAGAAAAUUGGGACUGCUUUAUAUUCCACGACGUGGACCUGGUACCCGAGAAUGACUUUAACCUUUACAAGUGUGAGGAGCAUCCCAAGCAUCUGGUGGUUGGCAGGAACAGCACUGGGUACAGGUUACGUUACAGUGGAUAUUUUGGGGGUGUUACUGCCCUAAGCAGAGAGCAGUUUUUCAAGGGUUGAGCUCCAUAAAAUGAAAAUUUCCCGGCCCCUGCCUGAAGUGGGUAAAUAUACAAUGGUCUUCCACACUAGAGACAAAGGCAAUGAGGUGAACGCAGAACGGUAAGUCCUGGCUUCACUUGCCUGGCAGGCUACCUCCCUGGUCUGUUCUGUCAAUAAGGACUAUGUUGAAUUCGAUCAGAUUUGAGCCAGUUCAUUGUGUUAAAAGAUUUUUAUUAAGCAAAUUUUCAAACAGACACAAAAGGAGAGAAAGUGGUGCACUGAACCCUCACGUCUACAGUUCUCAACUCAUGGCCUCUCUUCUUUCCCUCAGUUUUUUUCUUACCCCACUGGAUUUAGAAAUGUGUCACAGAUGUCAUAGCAUUUCAUGUGUAACUGCUUCAGUAUGUAUUCUUACAAUAUAAGCAGUUUUAUAAAAGGAAUCACAAUACCAUUAUCAUACCUAGAAUAAAAUUAACAAUAUCUCCUUAAUGUCAUCAAAUGUCUAGUCAGUGUUAAGUGCUUUUUUAUUUUUAAAACCAGUUGAUCAGAUCAGUGUCUAAACAAGGUCCACAUUGCAUUUGAAUGAUCUCUUUUAAUCUGUAGGUUCCCUCUCCCCUUCUUUAUGUGUUCCUUGAUAUUUAUUUGUGGAACAAGCCAGAUUAUUUGUCCAAUAGAAUUCCUUGCAUUAUGCAUUUUUCUAAUUGCAUCCUGGUAGUAUAACUUAAUAUGUCCUCCUGACCUUUAUUUUCUCAUAAACUGGUUGUAUUAGUCAGGGUUCUCUAGAGGGACAGAAUGAACAGGAUAGAUGUAUAUAUGAAGGGGAGUUUAUUAAGGAGAAUUGACUCACACCAUCCCAAGGUGAAGUCCACAAUAGGCCGCCUGCAAGCUGAGGAACGAGGAAGCCAGUCCGGGCCCCAAAACCUCAAAAGUAGGGAAGCCGACAGGGCAGCCUUCCGUCUGUAGCCAAAGGCCCGAGAGCCCCUGGCAAACCACUGGUGUAGGUCCAAGAGUCCGGAAGCUGAAGAACUUGGAGUCUGAUGUUUAGGGGCAGGAAGCCCAGGAGAAAGAUGAGUCCAGAAGACUCAGCAAGUUGGCUUCUCCCACCUUCUUCUGCCUGCUUUAUUUUAGCCUCGCUAGCAGUUGAUUAUAUGGUGCCCACCCACAUGGAGGGUAGAUCUGCCCCUCCCAGUCCACUGACUCAAAUGUUAAUCUCCUUUGGCAACACCCUUACGGACACACCCAGGAACAAUACUUCACAUCCUUCAGUCCAAUCAAGUUGACACUCAGUAUUAACCAUCACACUGGGAUUUCUCUGCAUUUCUGGAGACUUGAACAGAAUCUUAUUUUUGGGCAAGAAUUUUCAUCUAUGGUGUUGUGUACUUCCUCCAGUGUCACAACAGGAGGAUGUAGUCUGGUUGUGUCAUUUUGUAUGUUAGGAUUGAUCUAUGAGUUUCGAUAUUGCCAGUCUAAUCUAUGCAUUGUGAGAUUCCCUAUCAGUUUUUUACCUAAUGACUUCAGCAGUCAUUGAUGCUUGAUUUCUAAAUUUAUUAUUUAAUUAGGAGUUGCAAAAUUGUAAUAUUCUAAUUCUGUUGUUCCUUCUGCAUUUAUUAGAUUUUUCUACAAAGUACUUUCUCUUUCCAUGUAUUUGGGUACUCUGGGGUAUAGUUUUUAUAGGAAAGGCAGAAUAAAGAGAAAAGAGUCAAGCACUGAUUAAAAAUUUUUCAGACUAAUGACUUGUGUUUCCUAGCAUCCUUCAGGAUGUAGUUCUUGUACUUUUUGGUACUCAUAUUGUCUCAUCUUUGGCCAAUGGGAUCUUCUUCAAGCUGGGUCCUGAAUCCCAGUAGUCCUCGAGAGCUUCCUUCCCUGUGCUCUGCUGUGAUGAGAUGUUCUAGGCUCUUCUUGUACUUUUCCUGCCUUGGGAAUUGGCCUAUUCACCAAGGAAUCCUGGCAGAUAAGCCAGUUCUUAAUGAGGCUUUGAUUGAAGAAUCUAUAUUUCUUUGUUCUGAUUUUUCCCCUUAAAUUUUCAAACAGUCUUAAGGGUUUUACAUUUUAAAACAAUAUUAAAGUGCUUUCAGCCUGAUAUUAAAGAGUCCUGUUAAAGUUUAUUUUUUUCCGAGGCAGGGUCUCGCUCUGUUACCCAAGCUGGAGUGCAGUGGCGUGACCAUGGCUCACUGCAGCCUCUAUCUCCCAGGCUCAAGCAGUCCUCCAAGCUCAGCCUCCCAAGUAGCUGGGACCACAGGCAUGUGUCACCAUGCUUGGCUAAUUUUUUUUUUAUUUUUUGUAAAGACAGGGUUUCCCUGUGUUGCCAAAGGCUGGUCUCAAACUCCUGGGCUCAAGCAAUCCUCCUGCCUCAGCCUCCCAAAGUUCUAGGAUUACAGCAUGAGCUACCAUGCCUGGCCUAAAGUUUAUAUUUUAAAGCAUUAUUAAAUGGCUUUUCACACUUUUGGUAGAGUCAACCACUCCAACAAAAUAGCUAUUUCUAUUUUCUAUGUUUUUCUAGUCAUUGUCCAUAGGUGUGCAUUUUUCUCUUUAUAUUAAAAAAAUUAAUUAUUGGGUAGAUACAAAAGAGUAUUCCUAAAUUGUAUGAAAAGUAUGAAGAUUCUUGAUGCCAUGGACACUGCUGGUAUCUCCUACCCCCACUUUGAGUGGAUGACCUGUGUGGUCCUCCCUAAUUCUGUAGUCUCCACCUUUACAUCUCCCCUAUCCAUCUACCCAAGUAACACUUCUCUGAAUUUUUGUGAUAAGUAUUUGUGAUAUUGAUAGUUAUUUCUGCUGUUUCUUGGUUUUCUUGUUUUCCCAUAUGUUUGUAUCCCUAAACAAAAGAUUGCUUAGUUCUGCAUGUUUUUCAACUUUAUGUAAAUGAAAUCACACUGCAUUUAUUCUUCUCUGACUUUAUUUAGCUGAACAUUAUGCAUCUGAUCCCCAUCCAUAUUGUCAUGGGUAACUAGCAUUUAUUGUUUUCACUGCUGAGCAAGUAGAACCUAUUCAGUUCACUGCCCACUUGUCUUCUCAGAUUCCAUGGUUCUGGCCACACUAGUGACUUCUUUAAAUGCAUCCUGCUCUUUUGCAUCUGUGCAUCUUGCCCAGGGUGGUCUCUCUGCCCGGAGUGCUUUUUCCUUUCUUCACUUGGUGGAUUUCUCUCUUUUAGCCUUACUGAAAUUUCCCUUCUCCCUGACACCUCACCCGACUUCCUCAUGAAGUUAGGUCCCCCUUCAUUCAUCCUCAUCUACAUACAUUCUGAUUUUUUUGGAGGCUCGUGAAAGCUAUGUACCCACCUACAGACAAACUUUCCUUAUAACAUAGGAAGAUUCAGAGAUCCCCUGAAGCUCAGCCAAGGAUCAGUUAGCAGUGGAUGGUACAUAUCCUGUUGUAUCUGUGUUCCUUGCACAUCCUUCUGUCCUAUAGACUGGGGGCUCACUGAGUGCAGUGACACUGUUCAUCAUGGGUCCCCGGGUUCUCACAUGGAGUCUGACACAUGAAUACAUGGCUGUCAUGUCUGUCACCUUCAAUGGGGAAAACAAACUUUGUAGUGGUAGGAAACACAACAGGUACAAUAAUUUACAAAAAUAUGUUUGCCACAUUUCAGGGCAAGGCAAGAUGCAGUGGAGACAUACGUUAAAUUCUUAUCAUUCACAUUUGUUCUUUUUAUCUUUAGGAUGAAGCUCUUACACCAAGUGUCACGAGUCUGGAGAACAGAUGGGUUGAGUAGUUGUUCUUAUAAAUUAGUAUCUGUGGAACACAAUCCUUUAUAUAUCAACAUCACAGUGGAUUUCUGGUCUGGUGCAUGACCCUGGAUCUUUUGGUGAUGUUUGGAAGAACUGAUUCUUUGUUUGCAAUAAUUUUGGCCUAGAGACUUCAAAUAGUAGCACACAUCAAGAACCUGUUACAGCUCAUUGUUGAGCUGAAUUUUUCCUUUUUGUAUUUUCUUAGCAGAGCUCCUGGUGAUGUAGAGUAUAAAACAGUUGUAACAAGACAGCUUGUUAGUCGUUUUGAUCAUGAGGGUUAAAUAUUGUAAUAUGGAUACUUGAAGGACUUUAUAUAAAAGGAUGACUCAGAGGAUAAAAUGAACGCUAUUUGAGGAUUCUGGUUGAAGGAGAUUUAUUUAAAUUUGAAGUAAUAUAUUGUGGGAUAAAAGGCCACAGGAAAUAAGACUGCUGAAUGUCUGAGAGAACCAGAGUUGUUCUCGUCCAAGGUAGAAAGGUACGAAGAUACAAUACUGUUAUUCAUUUAUCCUGUACAAUCAUCUGUGAAGUGGUGGGUGUCAGGUGACAAGGCGGCCACAAAAGAGGGGAGAAAAGGUGAUUUUCAAGACGCAGUGAACUUGGGAAUGAAGAGGUAGCAGGAGGGCGGAGUGUCGGCUGCAAAGGCAGCAGUAGCUGAGCUGGUUGCAGCUGCUGAUAGCCUUCAGGGGAGGCACCUGCCCAGGUAUGCCUUCCUGUGAUGCCCACCAGAGAACACAUUCUCUAUUAGUUUUUAAAGAGUUUUUGUAAAAUGAUUUUGUACAAGUAGGAUAUGAAUUAGCAGUUUACAAGUUUACAUAUUAACUAAUAAUAAAUAUGUCUAUCAAAUACCUCUGUAGUAAAAUGUGAAAAAGC